ACUUGGUGCAUCCCCCCGCCCCACAUCCGUGUCCGUCCGCGCCGCCUCCUCCUUCCGCUCCCAGCCUUCAACGGUGGUCCACAGAGAGGCUACAGUAACGCGAAAAUGGGAGUAGAAAUUGAGACGAUAACUCCGGGCGAUGGACGGACAUUCCCGAAGAAGGGGCAGCGCGUCGUGGUGCACUAUGUCGGUACCCUGGCAGAUGGGAAAGUUUUCGACUCGUCGAGGUCCAGGGGGAAGCCUUUUAAAUUCAAGAUUGGACAUCAGGAGGUUAUCCGAGGCUGGGAGGAGGGAGUAGCUCAGAUGAGUGUAGGCCAGCGGGCAAAGCUUAUCUGCUCCCCAGACUUUGCCUAUGGUAGCAAAGGUCACCCAGGGAUCAUCCCACCAAACGCCACUCUCACCUUCGACGUGGAACUGCUUGGUCUGGAAGCUUGAAACCUGUGCACUCCGCUUUGUUUAUUGCCUCUCAGAUUUUUAGGGUUGACCCCUCUCCUGGGAACAUGGAGGAAAUAAAGAUAAUUCCUGCAUAGGACCUUAAUCACUUUUUCAUUCUCCUGCCCAUUCAGAUUCAUCCUGAAUAAUCUCACUUGCUAUAAAACUUUAUUCAUUAUUACUGUUUCAGUUAGACUUUAAGUCAUAGGUGAGCCCGUCCCAUGUAUUUUGCUCUGUUACUGGUAUGUAUUUAGACGUUUUGUUCAUUUUUGGACUUAAAUUUGACAUUAUUGGCUAUACUUGCCAUCAGGACCAUGUCAUCAUUCCUGUGGUCUUAUGAUUUUUACACUCUAUGGACAACCUGUUUUGAACUGACCUGAAUAUAAUAAGGAUUCAAGAAUCACUGGUGAUGUUUUCUAGUGGGACAAACAGGACAGUGUGCAAUUUCCAACAGGGGUCUAAAAAAGAAAGUCAGAUUGCCAUGAAUAACCAACAGGUCUUAGCAGAUGUGAGUUUUUCUUUGUUUUGCAACGUUGGUUCUUUGUUUUCAAAGUGACUUAAUUUGUGUAAUGUUUACAAUGUAUAAAAGAAGGUUUGACCCGCUUCUUGUGCUUAAUCCGAGGAUCUUGAGUCAUUUUACCCAAAGGACAACUUUCUCGUGCACAGUUAUACCACACUGCAUUGCUUCUCCUCAUUUAUGAAAUGUUAUUUAAUGUUGUUAGAGCACAGUAAAAACAGACAUGAAAUAAAGGAAACAAGCUUCUUAUUUACUAAAAGGAAACAGGGUCAUUCAUGUGCCAUCCACACUUUCUGACAGAAACUCAAAUUUAUGCUGAUGCCCAUAAAUAUGGAAAAAUUGAUCUUUUUAGGCAAAUUCCUUUUUUAUUGUUUCAUUUUUACUCCGUUUCUUAGGGAUUGAUUGAUGACAUUUUGAUGCUGACUCAUCUCAAAUCACCUUUUCACAAUCAUUUAAGAACAGGUGGAAAAUAUUUUAUUCAACUUUAUGGGCAACAGUGUUGAAGCACAUCUGUGAAUAUGGACAUUUUUCUGCUUUGGAUACAAAAGUUGGAAGAUGGCAAUAUUAAGUAAACGUAUACAAACCAUAUUUUCCAAUAAAAUGCUCUUGACUGCUCAAA